AUGAUGUUGGUUGCAAAGAACAUCAUUUGUACAGCAUCUCAUCGAUGCCUAUAUGUCUUGAAUACCAGGCAGAACUCGUCACUGUAUGCAUCCUAUGAGAGAAAGCUCGAAAACUACUUCAAAACAGGGCUGUUCAAUCUCGUGAACGAAAACGCAGAGAAGGGCCUCGAGGACCUCAGGAAAGCCAUGCAAAUAGUAUACCCCAGAAAGAUCCCAUUGAUAGCAUUUGACGUCGAAGCGUACGAGAGAAACCUCAAAAAGGUGACGGAAAUUGGUAUCGCCAUCUAUGACCCUGUGGCGCUGGAAGGUUCGAUAUUUCCCAUAAUUAAGCAGACUCACUUGGUCAUCAAAGAGCACCAGAAAUUGGUCAAUGGCAGGUUCUGUCCCGAUAACAAAAAGCUGUUCAUGGGUGGCGUAUCGUACUUAGUAAGCCUCAAGCAGUCCAAAAACAUCAUCACCAGUGUUCUUCAAGAAUACGUCAACAAUAGAAAUGCGGCGUUUGUGGGCCAUCAUAUAGAAGGAGAUAUCAAGUGGUUUCGAAGUAUUGGAAUCGAAGUCUCAAACAACGCUCCUAUCGUCGACAGUAACAAGCUCUACGCGCUCUCGAGGAAAAGAGGAGGAACUCUUCGGGGGGUGCUUCGACUACUAGGAAUCCCUCAUGGAUAUCUUCACAAUGCUGCCAAUGAUGCCUAUUAUACGCUUCUUGCAACCAUGGCCCUCUGCGAUCCAGUGAUACGGACACAAAAGGGCCUCGACGUGUUUGUGGAUAAUGUCAAGGUACCCGAAGGCGAGGCCCGUCUCCAGAAGUUCUCUGACGUGGCGCAAAUGGUGGUUCCUGUUGAUGAGAAUACCAUUAUAGAUAGUUUGAUAGAACCCUAA